GAACAGCCCAGCAUUGGUAGUCGGUUGGUAAACGCGCAGUGCAGCGGCGCGGCCAGUUGCCUCGCGACCGCCGCGCCCGCCGCCCGUCUGUGUUGCCACAAUGGCGUACUCGUGGGACAACCGGGUUACGUUUGUGGUUCGAUUUCUUUAUGACAUCGACAACAACGGCUACCUCGACGCGCACGACUUCCAAUGCCUAGCGCUCCGCUCGUGCGUGCUGGAAGGCAAGGGGGACUGCUCCGCCGCCCGGCUGCAGAAGUACCAGCACAUAAUGCUCAGCCUGUGGGAGGAGAUCGCCCAGCUGGCGGACUUCGACAAGGUUCCUGACUAUGACGGCACCAUCUCCGUCGACGAGUUCAAACAAGCCGUGAAGAACAGCUGCGUAGGCAAGCGGUACGAAGACUUCCCUCAGGCCAUGAAGGCGUUCAUAGAAUCCAACUUCAGAAUGAUUGACAUCAAUGACGACGGAGUUAUGGGGGUCGAGGAGUACAGAUAUGACUGCGUGCAGCGGAUGGUGGUGGAAGACAUUAAAGUCAUCGACGAUGCUUUUGACACGUUAUUAAAUGAUGACGACAGGAAGAAGGGCGGCCUCACCUUAGCCAGAUACCAGGAGCUGUUCGCGCAGUUCCUUGGAGACGAGAAGGAAGACUGCCAAGCGAAGCACCUCUUCGGCCCUCUAGAGAUAUAACGACCCUAGCCAUAGACUUACAAGUUUAGCCCUUAGGGCUUUAGCUGUGACUGCUACACCUACACCCAGUUGCACAUUAGUAGCCAGGUUUCUGUCACUCGACAUCAACUUUGGCGAUAGUUUAUAUGUACUUAGAUGGGCAAACUGGGCAAUAAGGAAUAGGAAUUUUAGUUCGUCAUAGAGAUUUCGGGAAUCCACAAUUAUUUCAGUACCUGGCCAGUGCGCUGGCAGACAUGUUUCUAUAUUUACGGAAUACGCAACGUCGGUAAAUGACGCCAAAAAUACAUCAUCGCUGCGUCGAUACAGUCAAGCGGAUUAGUAAACAAACUGGCCAUAAACAAUUAGGGCGCAGAACAAAAUGGUUUACAAAUUGUCACCAAUAUUUUACAAAAAAAAACGCCAUUCGCGCGCGAGUUAUACCUAAAAAAAAUUAUGUUUUGUCACUUAAUGAAAGUACUAAGUUUUAAUUGGUUUACAAUUGGAUUGAUUACGCUAUGUAACGAAAAAUUGUCACUCAUUUUUAUGUUAGACUUCCGUUACAUAAAGUAAUUAAAUCAGUGUAAUUAUUGUCUAUUUAAAUCUGUCUGCUAUGACUUUUAAUUCCUCGAUGGCCAGUUACAACACAAUUCUUAGUAUUAUAAACUUUAGUGUGCGUUUUAGUUUUUUGAUAGUUUUAAAUAUAACUGAGUUCUGAUUAUCCCGUCCCAGCACAUCACAAUGUGAUCUUAUUUUAAGAUAUUAUAAUAUAAUUGUUGCAGUGAGAUUUAACGUUAAUUUUUGUAAGUUUGUUUUAUUUUGUUUGUGAAUUAUGGAAUGUUAGUACCCCCUUGUUUUUACUGUUCCUGUGGUAUCAUUAUAAUUAUAAGAAAGGAACUACCAACUGGUUUCUUGUUA